AUGGAUAAUUUACAACCAACAGUGAGUUUACCUCAUAUCGUUCAGGUUUAUCAGCACGCUGUUCAGCCACCACUACCAAACCAAGACUCUAUAAACGACUCCUUAAACUUUCAAAAUGUUCUUCAGAGUCAAACAGUCAUGUCUUGUCACCAAAUUCACUUGCAGAAUGUUCAACAGACUAUGCAUGCUUCAAUACCAGGGCCGCAAAAUGAGUGUCAACCUCUGCAUAUUACAUCCCAUGUAAUUCUACCCCAAGUGCCACUAAUUAAACACUCUUUAAAUGGAAGUGUACAUCAGCAGUACUAUAGUCAAUAUAAUGCAGUAUCUAAAGAAACAAAACCAGAGCCCGAUCUUACUAUUAUUGUAAAAAAUGAGGAUUUGUUAAAAUCUGAAGUGAGAAAUAACAUUAAUAAGGAGAAUUUAACUAGGAGGAGUCGAAUACUACGUGUGCCAGACCCUAGCCAGUGGCAAAACAAUAUUCGUAAAAAAAAAUGUCAACAAGGUGAAGCCUAUAUUAGUCGGAGAGGAAAGCUUGUACCAGAAAAGCAAAUUCGUAACAAAAAAGACUGCUUAACUUCUUGCCGUUUCAAGUGCAUGGAGAAAAUCAAUGAUGAAGACAGACAACUUUUGUUCAAAUCAUUCUAUUCUCUAGAUACCAAUGAAAAAAAGUACUUUCUUCUAAAUACAACAGAGAGACACUUAAUUAAGACAAAAGAUAGGCCGUGUGAUGGCAAAAGGAACUAUACAUUCAAAUAUUUCUUUUAUAUAAGAACAGAUAAGUUUGUUGUGUGUAAAAAUUUUUAUUUAGGAACACUAGCAAUAUCCCAAAAACCAAUAUAUAAUGUGCAUUUAAAUAAAUCUGAGGUGAAUAUACCGAAAAGGGAUGGUAGAGGUUUGUCUAGUUGCCAUCCAUUACCAGAGAGAGAAAAAGAUAGAGUGAGAAAACAUAUAAUGUCCUUAGAAACAAUUGACUCUAAGCCAAUAAACCCAUUUUCUUUAAAGCGGCAAUAUUUAGAUUCAAAUCUGACUGUUAAACAAAUGUAUAUAAUGUAUGUAAAUGAAUGUGAAAAAAUUGGUGAAUCUCCAUUAAAAGAAUCUAUGUAUAGAAAAAUAUUUAAAAAUGAGUUUAACUUAUGUUUUAAGAAAGAGAAGGUGUGUGGUAAAUGUAAGGGUCCAGUAUAG